AUGGGAAGUGUCGGAGCAAUCCCCACCGUUGAUAUUAGCGCUUGGAUUGACCCCAAUGGUACGGAAGAGGGUCGUCAAAAUGUAGUUGACGCAAUGCGCAACGCAUGCACCACCUACGGCUUCUUUAGUCUGGUCGGCCAUGGCGUCACGCCAGAGGAACAGGAGCAGGCGCUUAAAUGUGCUAAGCUGUUCUUUACUCUUUCUGAGGAGGACAAGAUGGAUGUCUGUAUCGCCAAAUCCAAGGGAAAGUCCUUCCGCGGGUAUGAACCGCCAGGCAUCCAGAUCCACCAAGAGGGUCUGCUUCCUGAUACAAAGGAGUGCUUCAUUAUCGGCCACGAGGUCCCUGAAGACCAUCCAGACUGUGGGACAUUCUCCACCGGCCCCAACCUCUGGCCCAAGGCUUUACCCGAGACAGACUUCCGCAUCCCGAUCAUGAACUACCAAGCUCGUAUGGUGGAACUGGUGAAGGUGCUGUUGAAAAUCCUCGCUCGCGGUCUACCAGAGGAAUGGAACUGUCCCCCCGAUGUCCUGGACGCAUUGGCGGAGAAUAACCCAUCUAUCCCAAUGAGACUACUGCACUAUGGCCCUCAGCCGAUCAGAGACGAGAGGCAGUUUGGAGUUGGCGAUCACACUGACUUUGGUUGUGUCACUAUACUUCUCCAGGAGAUGGGCACUGAAGGCCUAGAGGUCUGGUACCCACCCACGGAGACCUGGAUCCCCGUUCCCCCCAAGGAGCACGCGUACGUCAUCAAUAUGGGUGACAUGAUGCAAAAGUACACGGGCGGAUACUAUCGUAGCGCCCGCCACCGGGUUCUCACUUUCACGAAGAACCAUCGAUACAGUGUUCCAUUCUUCCUCAACGGCCAGUUGAAACUCAAAUGUGAGACCCUUGAUGGAUCUGGUACCGAGACUAUCGUUGGAGAGCAUAUUCGUGGACGGUUGGUGGAGACUAUGGGAAAGGCUGGCGAGAAGCUGAAAUAG